AUGAGCUGCUUCGGUUGUUGUGGUGGUGAGGAUUUCCGUAGAGUUGCUGAAACAGGACCAAGGCCAGUGCACAACGCAGCAGGUUACAAUGGAGGUCACCAUCAAAGAGCAGAUCCACCAAAGAACCCGCCUGUCAUUCAGAUGCAGCCUAUCUCUGUUGCGGCCAUUCCGGCUGAUGAACUGAAGGAUGUAACCGAUAACUAUGGUUCGAAGUCCUUGAUCGGUGAGGGCUCGUAUGGAAGAGUGUUUUACGGUGUUCUUAGAAACGGUAACAUAGCUGCUAUCAAGAAACUGGAUUCCAGUAAGCAACCGGAUCAAGAAUUCCUCGCUCAGGUAUCUAUGGUUUCGAGAUUGCGACAAGACAAUGUUGUUGCGCUUCUGGGAUAUUGUGUUGAUGGUCCACUCCGUGUUCUUGCUUAUGAAUAUGCUCCUAAUGGUUCUCUUCAUGAUAUUCUUCAUGGUCGAAAAGGUGUGAAAGGAGCACAGCCAGGUCCUGUUCUGUCGUGGCACCAGAGGGUGAAAAUCGCUGUUGGUGCGGCUAGAGGACUUGAGUACUUGCAUGAAAAGGCAAACCCUCAUGUUAUCCACCGAGACAUCAAAUCCAGCAAUGUACUUCUCUUUGACGACGAUGUCGCCAAGAUUGCUGAUUUCGAUCUGUCCAACCAAGCCCCUGACAUGGCAGCGCGCCUCCACUCGACUCGUGUGUUGGGAACCUUUGGCUAUCACGCUCCAGAGUAUGCAAUGACGGGAACGUUGAGCACAAAAAGUGAUGUUUAUAGUUUUGGUGUUGUUCUGCUGGAGCUUCUCACAGGGCGUAAACCGGUUGAUCACACCUUACCGCGUGGACAGCAGAGUGUCGUGACAUGGGCAACUCCUAAACUGAGUGAAGACAAGGUGAAGCAAUGCGUUGAUGCAAGACUGAACGGAGAAUAUCCCCCAAAAGCUGUUGCAAAGCUGGCUGCGGUGGCUGCGCUGUGUGUACAGUACGAGGCGGACUUCAGGCCAAACAUGAGCAUAGUGGUGAAGGCUCUUCAGCCUCUGCUCAAUCCUCCUCGCUCUGCUCCUCAGACUCCACACAGGAACAACCCUUAUUGA